AUGUCUUCAAAACUUUUGACUGUGCUUUUGGCAACCUUUGCGGUUUGCGCAACUGAUGCUCAGCCUGCAAAGAGGAGUGCGGGCGGCUGGGAUGUUUCCGGACUGAUACCCGGCCUAGUGCAAGUUACCGGCGUUACUGCUGCCCCAGCAGGCUGGUCAUCGGACACCAGUUCUGACGUAGCCGGCGCUAUAGCGGCAGCAAAAGCAGCUGCCUCCGCUGUGAUGGCCGCUCAGAAGCAAGUAGCCGCCGUCAAACACGCUGCACUGGAGCAGCAAAGCGCCGCUAGUGCUAAGGAGGCUGAGGCUGCAAUUGCUGCUCAUAAGAGUGAGGAGGCAUCAAGAACUGCUCGCGCACAAGCGCUCGAAGCUGCCCAAGCCGCGGUGCACGCCCAAGCUCAGUUAGCGGCAGCGAAAGCGCGCGCGGCUGCUGCUCAGAAAAUCGCCGCCGCUCGGGAAGCCGCUGCCGCUAGAGCGAUCCAACGCGCUGCUCAAAGCCAAGCCGCUAAACUGCAAAGCGCUGAUCUGGAAGCGCUGAAGUUGUCAGUAAUUCAAAGCUCGGGGGCCGCUGGUGCUGCCGGUGCAGCCCAGCAUGCUGCCACCGCGGCGGCGGCAGCUUUACGCCCUGCUGGAUGGACACCAACCUGGAAAGCCACCUGGACUCCGGCUGCAGCCUGGGCAUGGUCUUAGAUUCCUUUUUUACCAGUCGAUGGAUUUGAGAGUAAUAUUUUUGUCUACAUAUUCUGCUUGUUUUUGUUUAUAUUAGCGAUCUCAAUCGGUAGAUAGGUACUUAACGUAUAUUAGCCUAAUUUGGUCCAAAAAAGCCGAGAAGGAUAUCCGGGAGUUUUGAAAAUGGGUGUAUUAAUACAUUUUAAGUUGAUUUUUUCGGAUUCCGAAACCGCCAUGGCUACAUUGGCCGUAAAUGGCGUCGAUGACCUUGUUUUUUGCCGCUCCCGGCUACAUUGGCAGUAAAUGGCGUCGAUGACCUUGUUUUUUGACGUUAUUUCUUUAUAGAGUAACUUUACGAUAAAAACAUUUAAAUAUAGGCAAAACUACCAAAUGAUUGGGUUAUGUACACUUCAAAUGCACUUUGAAUUUAAUCAUAUUUUUAGUAGUUUACAUUAUGUAGAUAUGAUAAAUUGUUUUAAGUACAAACUUAUUCACUUAUUAAUAAUUGUUAUGUUAAUAAAUAAUGUGCACG